GUGACAGCCUGGCUUUAUUUCCCCCUGGAGCAUCAGCUUUUCAGCAGGGGAGAAUUAAAACAACAUUGAAGAAUUGGCUAGUACUGGAUACAUAAUGCUGCCUGCACUGGAAUAAUCUGAUUUAUAGCCAGAUGGAGUAUGUUUCCCAUGAGGAGAAGACUGACUGGCCUUGCUCUGGCAACCACAUUCACAGUCUGUGUGGGUGGCUCUGUUCAGCAGUGGGUUCUGUCCUAUGCGCAUGUGUGUAAAGGACCAAAUCCAGUCCGAGGACUUUGUGUGUCUCUCCCUGUCAGGCCCACCUGGCCUCUGCUCACCCAGGUCCGAGAGAACCAGCCGGGCAUCCAGCAUCACCACCCACUGUGCCAGGCCCACUGAACCCAGCCAGCCAGCUUUUUCCACAGGGCCUCAGCUUCAGUGCCUGGCCCUGCCCACCCCCUGACCUCCCCUGCUCCCCUGUUGCCACCAGCACUGGCACACCGGCACUUUACGGCUGCUAGCCAUGAGUGAAUUCUGGCUGUGCUUCAACUGCUGUAUCGCUGAGCAGCCCCAGCCGAAGCGACGGAGGCGUAUCGACCGGAGUAUGAUUGGUGAGCCCACAAACUUUGUCCAUACGGCCCAUGUGGGAUCAGGAGAUCUGUUCAGUGGCAUGGACUCUGUGAACUCAAUUCAAAGCCAGAUGCAGUCAAAGGGAGGAUAUGGGGGAGAGGCCAUGCCAAUUAAUAUGCAGAUGCAACUGGUCGACACAAAAGCAGGAUAAUAUGUAACUUGGGAGGCCCCUUGUGGAUGGGUGUCUGUCGAUUCUGACACCGCCCUCCUUGCAUGGCCUCCAUCCACCACCUGCAGUGGCCACUCCCAGCCUCGCUCUGUUCUCACCCAGCAAACACACGGACAGUCAUGCACUCCGCGGGAAUGGUGUUGCCCUGUCCACGGCCACCCGUACCUCCGCCGGACAAAGCAGCACUUAAGUGUCGUUUCCACCCUGCAACAGACACUUGCCCCGCUCGCACGUGCCCCUCUCUGCACAUAAGCCCCUUUCCCCAACCCAAAAAUCACCCACCACCUGCCCCUUGCACCAACAAUCUCUCCCCGAUGUCCUGCCGACUGUCCUUCAGCGUGCCUACAAGUGCAAAGUGUAACCUCGCUUUCUUUGUCUGUGGUGUGCCAUGAACAGCUAUUUUCUCAGCAUUCCUGUUUGAAGGUCUGGAACCUGUGAGUUCAAAAGAAUUUAUUUGUUUUUUGUUUUUUUGAGGAGGGGACGUCUCUCUCUCUUUUUUUUUUUUCUCUCCCCCUUUUCCUUGAUGAACUUCUCCAAGUUUGAAGACUGGCGCAAAAGAUGCCAAAAAUGUUUGAAAUGUGGCUAGCUACGGACGUGUGGUGCCAAAAUACAAUGAAAUGGCGACUCUGCUGACAAAUACCUUUUUUCUGACAUAGGCACAAAUGAAUGCCGUUUUGUAGGAGAUGCAAUUUGUUACUUUGCUGUUUGUCGUUCCAGUUCACAUUCCCUUUGUCUUUAUUUUUCCUCAUAGUAAUAUUAUUCAAAGUACGGUGACUGAUGUUGAAACGCACAUCUGCCAUUUUUCCCACCACUCUGCUGUAAAUGUUUUCUGUAAACUUGAUAUGAAGUUCUUCGAGCUCUAGUUGUAUGCUGUACAGUUAAGGGGGGGAUAAUGUGUCCAAUUGGUCUAUGCUGAUGUGGCAACAAUACUUAGAAGAUCCUGACCCUGGCACCCAUAUGCUCUUCUUAGCUGCAUUAACAGUUCUACACUCAGUCUUCUAUGAAAGACAAUAAUAUAACCCCUCGAAGCAAAUGUUUGUCUUCUGGAGUAAACUUGUUUAGGCCUGUGCCCUUGGAGUUUGACUCUUUUAAACAAAAGGGCCAUUAGUAACUAAACUCUUAAAGGCUUACAGACAUUUGCUCUGGUUGAGAGGUUUAUCUUUUUUAACCUGUUUCAAACAAUUAAAUAUAAAUUGUUUGAAAUUGCACUAAUUUCUCAAGCUUAAUUACAUGCAUAGUGAAUAUGGAAAAGCAUAAAAGGUCUAAGACAAUGGCAGCUUAAUAAAUUAGAUUUCAAAUGUAAGAGUAGUUUUUCAGCUGAUGGCAUAUAACUGUUUAGAAUAUAAACCAGGACCAAUAAAUCAGGGUGGAUAUAUCUCAGAUUGGAAAAUGAUUCAUCUCAAUGCAUUGACACAAAAAGAGAAAUGACUACAUUUUUGAGAGAAAUAAGAGAAACGAGCCAUACAGAUAUAUAUUACGAACUAACGGUUAAAUGUAUUCACAUUCUUGCCAGUCUUUUUUCUUUGUCCCAAGUGCUUUCUGUUUUGUAUAUACUGUACAUGUGUUCCACAGCCUUGAACUGUCCUAUUUAUUUUCCCUUGUUUGAAACUUGGUUUUUAUCCAUUUUUUACCAUUGUCUCUUUUUAAAUGAUUGGAUUUGUCUGACUCUGUUUCAUUAAAAUGAAUCUUUUUGGCAAUAUUUAUUAUUUUAGAGUGGAAUGAACAUUUUCCUGGUGCUCCAUAGGAAUGCGGUUCCGAAUGAUCGGAGACCUGUGAUGCCUGUAAUGAAGGUUAUGAGCAGAACAAGCGAAUGGGUUGCUGGCCAUCAUGUUCUUGCAAUAUGGUGAGCUUUUGACCAAAGUGGUAUAACUGACUUGCAAUACAUACAAAAGACUCAGCCAUCGUUCAACAAUGGCGUUCAUCAUCAGGGAUGUCAACAACCAUUUAUUAUUUUAGCUUUCAUGACACAUUUUGUACUUCAUAUGUUAUUUCUCAUCAUAUGUUGGCUUGUAGAUUAGCAAAUGUGUUCUAUUCAAAUAAAUAUUUUUUCCAUGUUA